AUGGCGUCCUCGUCAAAUACAGCCUUUCAAACAUUCAAUCUUGCAAACGAUAUCUACGAGCUCUCGCCACAAGACGAGAUAUUCAAGUUUGAUGUCGAGGCGAACAGGGCGCUAAACAGGGAAGCACCGUGGAGUAAAGACGAACAUUACUUCAAGUCAUGUAAGAUCUCUGCUGUGGCAUUGAUCAAGAUGGUCAUCCACGCACGAUCCGGUGUUCCUCACGAGAUCAUGGGUCUUAUGCAAGGAAAGGUUCAAGGCGACUCGCUUGUGAUCAUGGACUCGUUUGCCCUGCCAGUGCAGGGUACAGAGACGCGUGUAAACGCCGGGAAUGAGGCGAUUGAGUACAUGGUGCAGUACACCGCUGAAAGUGAGAAGAUUGGACGGCUGGAGAACGUGAUCGGUUGGUACCACUCUCAUCCAGGAUAUGGAUGCUGGCUCUCUGGUAUCGAUGUCACCACGCAGAUGACGAACCAGAAGUUCCAAGACCCCUUUGUCGCUGUCGUUAUUGACCCCAACCGUACGAUCUCUGCCGGUCGUGUUGACAUUGGCGCCUUCCGCACGUAUCCGGAGGACUACACACCACCAAACGCAUCGGCGUCUGAGUAUCAGAGCAUCCCUCUCGAGAAGAUCGAAGAUUUUGGUGUUCACGCGAACCAGUACUAUCCGCUCGAGGUGCAGAUCUUCAAGAGCGCGCUGGAUACCGAAUUACUAGGUCUAUUGUGGAACAAGUACUGGGUCAACACCCUCAGUCAAAGCCCCCUCAUCUCCAAUCGGGCAUAUGCGGCGAGCCAACUGCAAGACCUGCAGCAGAAAGUGCACAAAGCUAUCAACAACGUGGCUCACACCAAGCCUGUGGUACCUUCCCUACCAUCGACGACUGCGGAUAAGCCAGGCGCAUCUUCAAACAAGCAGGAGAAGAAGAAGGAUGAUAAUCAGCUAGCAAAGGUUGUGAAGGACAGCUCGAAGAUCGCCAUCGAGGCCCAACAUGGGCUCAUCUCGCAAGUUAUCAAGGAUGUGAUCUUCUCUCGUCGCCCUGGUGUGACCAGCGCUCAGCUUGAGAGCACCAUCGACGCCACCAUGCAUCUCGUCGAGCAAAGGCACUGGAAGAACAAAAACGAGUAUCGACGCGCCGAACGCUUUGAGAGCGAACGCCACAUCGAUCUCUUCGCCGACCUGAAUCUCGGCGCAUCUGAUAAUGAAGAUGAAGUCGGAGAACCUGAAGUACUGCAAGAAGGCAUCGGGCGCCUUGCGGGGCUGGUGCAACCCGCGUCUGAGGCCUCCGGUUCGACCUUCACGGUUCAACACGCAGAGCCGGUAGAUGGAAAGAAGAAGCGGAAGAAGAAAAAGAAGAAACGCAUCAGUCCGUGGGCCGACCAGUGCAUGUACGCCGAGCUGCUCGAGAUGACGGCGGACGCGUCGAGGAGGCAAGUCGGGUCACUUGGGGAGGACAUCGAGGUCGACGACGGAUUGCCGGCAGAUCUGGAGACUGCAUGGGUUGCUGUGGCUCCCGUUCCGGCAGGGAAGCGAUGUUUGGCCAUAUGCCACCAAGGAAGCGGGGCUGUCGGUGUCGUGCCGAAUACUACACUGCGCUCUCGAGUGCUGGGCAAGCCUCUCCUGCCGCGCUUUCCGUCACCACUUCCGUCUGAUACCGUGCUCGACUGUAUUCUCGACGAGCACUGGAACGAGACUGGUGUCUUGCACAUUCUCGACGUGCUGAGGUGGAAAGGUCAAGAAGUGGCAGAUUGUGAGACGACGUUCAGGAUGUGGUGGCGCGAUACACGGCUUAGCGAGCUGCCGCCUCCCCGCCCUCCACCGAGCAACUCGACAACUGCGCCAUACCAGUUCGCAUACCCAACCGCAUUCCUGCCCAUAUCGUGGAGUGCCGAUACAACAUCUUCCACUCUGAUUUCCUCAGUGAUACCCCGCGCCCGUCAGGGUUACACCAUACCGGUCAUGCUUCCUCCCGCAGACGACGGGAUGGACCUCGAUGGCACACUCGUGCAGAGGUCAGCACCUGUACGCUCAGAUGGACUCUUGCUAUAUGUUGCCUCCGCGAUCUAUGAACCUGGAACCAGUCCUCUGAGUUUAUGGGUUCCGAACACGGUAUGGCGUCAACCGACCGAAGGGCACAUGGAGAGUAUGGACGAGGACGCCGAGCCACCCAUGGAUGUAUUCGAGAGGUUGGUCAAGAGAAGGAUGUCCCUCUGA